AUGUCUGCGAAGCACAUAAGUCACGAAACAACAACUGAAAUAGUCGAGAAAUUCGCAACACGCUUGAAAACACGAGAAAAUUGCAACGUGUCCAUUGUGUCAAAGUACAAAAUCUUUUUGGACGCCCUAUGCGCCUCUCCAGAAUCCGAGGUUUCCCCUUUUGUUGAGUGCAAACUUCCCUUCCUCAUUUCUUUUUAUCCACAACACCUCAACGACAUCAACGGGACAAUCGAAAGCACUUUGGAUACGUAUCUUCUUUCUUCUUAUAUCAAUGGUGGUGUUCAAGGAAUUUUACUCUCUUACGAUAGUUUUGAAACACCCACAAAGUCCCAAAUCUCGUUCGACGAAGGUGUUAUCACUAUCCCUUUGGUUCUCAACUGUGUCUUGUUUGUCCCAACUCUCAACACAUACCUCAUUGGGUCUAUUUCGCAGAAAAGUUUCGACCACGUUGCUCUUUUGGUGUUUGGCAUUUUCAACGUGUUUAUAUCUAACUCGAAAAUACGAGAAAGACUUAUUAAAAAAGUUGCACAGGGUGUGUUGGUCAGAUUUAAGGUGGUUGGGAUGAAUUUGCACCACAACCCACCCAUUUUUGAGGGCGAACUCUCUGAUGAUAAAUGUAAAAUCGUCAAGAUUGAGUAA